AUGAGCGGCUUAGAGAUUGGGCUUGCUUUGCCCGGUGUCAUUGAUUUAUGUCUAAAAUACGGAAAGGUCAUUGUGACCGUAUACAAGGAUUUCAAACACGCCAAUGAAGAGGUUGAAGAGCGAAAACUUGCUAUCGACGCUGCUUGGGCCAAAACAUCAGAACAAUUAGCCUUCUUACGUGGUGUGUGGGAUAGACUGGGCGAGAACUACCGGGACCUCCAGAGCCGCAUGCUUCAGGCUGCCGUGAGAGAGCUCAGCAAACUUGACAAUCAGGCCGCUAAGAGCGGGGGUCGGUUGCUAGACAAGUCAAAGGCAGCGAAAUAUGCUUUGUUGAAAAAGGAAUCGCUCGAUAGGGCAAUACAGGAUCUUCGAGUGUGGCAAAAUGAGUUCGAUACGACGUGGUACUUGGUUCUGCUAAUAGCCGAUGAGGCUAUUGACACAGCGUUGGUCAAGCGCACAGGAACUGAGACGCUAUCUACUGCUAGACAUGUACGGAGUGCGCUACGGCCAGAGCCACAACGAGAAACUGCAGUUUUCCUUUCCGGAAGCAAGCUUCAGUCUGCUAGACGUUCUGACAUUCUAUAUUCAACAUCAGAAGUUGUCGAGAUCGCGGGCGUCGGUACGUUUAUCUUGGAUUCUGCGGACUGUUCGUCUAGAAAAGACGAUGCCACAUUCUCAAAGAAUGUCCGGAGCCUAGCUAUGAGAUUUCAACAGGUCGAUGCGAAUGGAUUUCAUCUCCUCGGGUGCCAUGGUGUAGCUCGUAUAACGGACCCAAACACUAAGCAGCUCCUCUCAUUCGACUUCAUCUUCAACUUCCCUAAAGGACGUCAGAAACCCCAGAGCCUUCGAAGCCACCUUCUCUCCUGA